AAAACAAAUAAGAGUAUAUAUACAGAGAAGAUUAUAGGCUCAGCCCAUUAACUAAUCGGGCUAAUCACUGGCCCAGACUUCUUUGCCAUGGUCCGUAUCCAUUAUUAUUUUUUUUUCCCAACGGAAAAUGAAAAUAAAGGAAAGUUUGGACCAGGCUUUUCGAACCGGCGACGUUGGGAUUAUAAAAGCGUUAGUUUUGUGAGUCAAAGGUCACGGGUUCGAUAUGCCUGGUCCGAAAAGAGAGCGAAUAGGGUAAAACUUCCCACCGUCAGUAGCCCGUCAUCGUCGAGAGAUAACGGGGAUGAUUGGUUGGGGCUGUAGAUGCUCUGGACAGCCACAAUUUAGUCUACAGCUAUAUAUGUCAAUCAAUCAAGCUUUGCUUUCCUUAAAAAAACUCAUAACAAAAAAAUCUCUGCAAAAUCAAAAUAUGGCUGUAGAGAGCUUUAUUUCCAGAGCAAAAAAUUAGUGCUUUAGAAAUCUAAAGCAAGGAAAGCUACAGCAAAUAAAUCUACAGAUUAAAUUCUACAGCAAAAAAUAUAAAGCUACAGCACUUACCAAUCAUCCCCAACGAUCGUGUAGAUUGUCUACAAGUAAGAAACAUCGAACGUGAAAGAAAAAAAAGAGAGGAAGAAGAAGGAGGAGGAAGUGGUGAGAUGGGUGUGGAUUACUACAAGGCUUUACAGGUUGAUAGAAGCGCCAACGACGAUGACCUUAAGAAAGCUCACAGAAAACUCGCCAUGAAAUGGCAUCCCGACAAGAACCCCACCAACAAAAAAGACGAUGAGUCCAAGUUCAAACAGGUCUCUGAAGCUUACGAUGUUCUUAGUGAUCCUCAAAAGAGAGCGUUGUAUGAUCAAUACGGUGAGGAAGGACUCAAAGGGAACGUGCCACUUCCUACUGCUGCUGGUGGAGCCUCCUUCUUUUCAUCAGGAGAUGGACCUUCACCUUUCAGAUUCAACCCGACGAGUGCAGAUGAUUUAUUCGCUGAAAUUUUCGGGUUUUCAAACCCGUUUGGUGGAGGAGGAAGCGCUAGUGCCAGUGGAGGGCAGAGAUUCUCUAGCCGCAUGUUUGGUGAUGAUAUGUACGCCUCGUUUGGUGAAAGAGGAAGUGUUGGUGGUGGAUCGAUGCAUCAUCACACUGUAGCUAGGAAAGUGGAUCCAAUCGAGAACAAGCUACCUUGUAGCCUUGAAGAUCUUUACAAGGGAACCACCAAGAAGAUGAAGAUCUCAAGGGAGACUGUAGAUGUCAGCGGCAAAGUAAUGCAAACAGAAGAGAUUCUAACGAUUGGAGUGAAACCAGGAUGGAAGAAAGGCACAAAGAUCACAUUCCCUGAGAAAGGCAACGAGCAUCCGGGAGUGAUUCCAGCUGAUCUUGUCUUCAUCAUCAACGAGAAACCCCAUCUGGUGUUCACACGCGAGGGAAACGACCUGAUUGUCACACAAAAGGUUUCAUUAGCUGAUGCACUAAUAGGGUACACAGUAAACCUAACGACUCUUGAUGGUCGGACGCUUACAAUCCCAGUCACAAACGUGAUCCAUCCGGAGUACGGAGAGGUGGUGCCUAAAGAGGGGAUGCCACUUCAGAAAGAUCAGACAAAGAAAGGGAACUUGAUCCUCAAGUUCAACGUCAAGUUUCCAGCUAGGUUAUCUGCAGAACAGAAGGCUGGGUUUAAGAAGCUUCUUGGGUGAUGAUUCAAAAGCUUUGCUUCUGUCUUUUGAUGUUUAUGGGACAAAAAGUUUUAGUAACUCGCUCAAGAUUUGGUACAUGUCCUCAACAAGCAGGAAAUAAAGAUGUAAAAGUGUUUGUCUUUUAUUGUUCCCUGACUAGAGAUAUAAGAGUAU